UACAUACGUACAGCUGGGCCGCCCAGCGAGCGGGCCGCGUGGGCUGGCCAGGGAAGAAGCCCUCUGCUGAUACCAACUGCUUUGUUCCUUAACGAACGCUUCCUAGGAUCUCUUUCUUACCAGAUCGCCGUACCAGGCUCCCCUAGAGCCCUAACGAUCCUCUAACCAGCGUCUUAUCUGAGACCACAGACCAGGCCUCAGACUCUGCCUCAUCUCUCCUCCCUGGAGCCUCUGUCGUCACGCCCGUACCUGCCGCGCUCCGUAGACGCCCCGAUAAACCACCACGGCCGCGCAAUUGAGGUCCGGAGACCUGGUUCGGAUUCGCAUCAGAACAUGCGUCUCGAUGUCACUACUUGAACUCCCUUGCCCUUGAGUUUUACGCGAAAGCGGGUGUGGUCACUGCGCUGGAUGACGAAUGAUCUCGAGCCUCUGUCGGCGGGAAUGAGCUCCAGUAGCAGUUUUCUCGACGCUCUCAGCCCGUCGACCUCGAGUAGUACCACGAGCAGGAGGUCGACCUCUACGGUCCGGCCACGCAAUCGUCGCCUGAUAUCAGUGACCGACGACGACGAUGAUCAGGGAAACUUGGGAGGUGACCUUGCUCACCAGCAGCUGCCGCCGGCCUCGGAUUUCGAUUUGACACCUCCGCAGUCUCCUGUCGCUACUCCAUCCCCAUAUACAUCGCGAGGGGUAUCGCCCCUGCCUACCACCCAUCCUUCCCGGGCGACGACAACCGCGAACCGGAGCAAACAAAGUCUGGUGGAUUAUUUUUCUGCCUUUGGUCUGGAUAAUGGGAGCAAGACGCAGAGCGCGAACUCAAAACUUGGCUCCAGUCUACUGGAGACAUCCUGGUCGUCGUUGCAGAGCCUAGCAUCGUCCGUUCUGGGGAGUGACGCUGCACGGCCAGCGUCGAACAAGACACCAAAUUCGCAUCAGAGAAGAAAACCGUCCCGUUCAGAUGCCUAUAUCAGCAGUGCACCGAAGUCGGCGCCCUCGUCAUGGGGACCAUCGAAGCCUUCCACCGUCCAGAUCGGAUCAGGCACUAAAGAAGAGCGACGCGCUUUGGUACAGGCGAAGAAGCGGGAGGCGUUACUACUGGCAAACGGAGAUUCUGUAUCAGAAUUAAGCGGCCGCCAUAAGAGAAGGGAUUCGUGUGGGCCUGCGGAUGCAUCUGCCGCGGACCCCGAGCACGAUGAAGAUGCUUUGGUCUAUGUACAUCAAGUCCAGCCUGCGGAUAGCAUUACUGGAGUCACUAUAAAGUACGGUUGCAACCCUGGUGUGAUGCGAAAAGCCAACGGAUUCUGGCCGAGCGACAGCAUUCAGAGCAGAAAGACGGUCCUACUCCCAGUGGAGGCGUGCACGGUCAAAGGACGUCGGAUUCAGUCGAGUGAGGAGGGCAAUCUUCUCGAAAACGAAACACCUGGCCGGAGACCAUUCGACGACUCAAUUGGCGGUUCAAUUGCACCAGCUGAGACGGCCAGUCGUGAUAACGAGGUCGAAACUGAUGCGCAAGGUGGAAAGAACAAAGACAAGACGUGGAAGCAUGAAGCGUGGGUCAAUAUAGAUGGGUUUCCAGGGCCAGUGGAAAUUGGACGUGUACCACGCAGAACGUUGGGCUUUUUCCCGCGCAGACGCCGAAAGUCGCAAUCAUUGCCAUAUACCGAUUCGGAAUCUGCCGUGACCUCUUUUGAUAUACCUCGAAUUGAGCCCGUGUCGGAACCACGAACAUCAUCCUCCCACUCUCAACCUCUGUCCACUGCACCAUCAUCCACAUUUUCUCCCACACGCAAUGGUCGGGUUUCGGGUUCCUUUUCGCGAGCCAAUGGCCCGACGCCGCCUUCAGGACAUGGCCAUCGUCGUCAGCGCAGUAGUUUCCAUCUUUCUGGUCCCGGCGGCGUUGGCACCCUUGGCCGAGAUGUUACGGCGCCGGGUCCUGCCCCUGAUAAGCUAAACAACUUCUUCUCCCAACAUCUACCGAAUCUCACUGCUCCAGCACCUCCUAGCCUACCUCGCACAGCUUCUUUUGGGUCCACUUCUACCGUGGCGUCGGGUUCGUCCACCACAGGACUCGAGAAUGUCGGUGGUGCUAUCGAAGGGUGGAUGAGGAAGAUGGCAACCCGGGCAAAGGCAGGUCUAAACGAGCUGCAGCAGAACGCGCAAGGCGGCCAAGUAUAUGGCCUGGGGCAAGCAAUGGGAAUCGGAGGGAUGGGAGAUUUGAUUGAAAUGGACGACAGUCUUGAAGGAAGAGCAACACCUGGGAGCAGCACUGGCCGGCUGGCCAUUCCCCCUGGAGCAAGAUCGCGCUCAAACCUGCGUGAGGAAUCAUCUCAGAGAAGAGGAUUGUCCAGCACAGGUAUGUCUCGAGACAGCAGCAAGGAGGACUGAUGUGCCUCCACAAACACAAACGAGCUGUACGAGUGAGUUUUGCAUCGACGCUACUUUGGUCUUAUGGUCACUAGCGAUGUGUUCUGCACCAGUAUCUGGGCGCGUCAGUCGCUCAGACUG